CCUUGUUCCUCACCAUCACUUCAUUUUGAGCGCCGUGUCCCCGCGCCACCCCUCUCGCAAUGGAAGCAUACGAUGUCGGCGCCCUCCCUGGAGGAGACGAAUUCCGAGAUGUCAUGUCCGUCUUUACCGACGCCGCGGCUGAUAUGAACCCCGGAGACCUCGUCCUGAUGGAUGGAUACUCGCUGCAAGAGGCGAUGAGCGCGGUGGAGAUCGGGGAGCCUAGACUGGACAGCGGGCUCGAGCUUCCUGAGCAAACAAGCCGGCCUCCGUUUGAUCCACUCGCCCCCCUUCUUCCUGAGGAGCUAUGCUGGAUGUUUGACACGGCGCUGGCAUACCAAGUCGAAUGGAUGCUGGGCAGUCCCCUGGCGCAUACGGUCUUCACCUUUCUAUACACCCAUGCCCUAGAAGUCCUGAACCCGGACUUCCUCCCGUACGAUGCGCUGCAAGAAGACCCUGCGCGACCUCUGCCCCUAGUCACGAUCGUCCUACGGGCAUACGUGAUGGGCUUGCUCAAAUGCUGCGGGAUAGUCUGGACACAACUAUCCACUAGUCUACAGGAGGAUACGGAGGACUGGCAAAGCGACAAAUGCGAAGUGUCGCUCCUAGAAGCCAUUCAACUGCCCUAUAUCCUUAGACAGCUUGACAACGCACUGCAUUGGCUGUGGAAUACUGAUCAAGUUACUCCAUACUGGCGGGAUGCACUGGCGGCGCGGCUCGCGCUGACGAAGACUAUGAUCACAUUCAUGAGUACCGACAUAUUCCGCAACCUACCCUUGGUAUUUCCCCUCGUUGAGGAAGCCCGCCGACACCUCAAAACCAUGCAAACGACACUACCUCCCACCCCCUCACCCAACUCCCCUGCGCACCUCGCCUUCGACCCCUAUAUCGCUCGCCGCCUCAACACCUUCAUACCCGUGCGCGUCAUAACGUUACGCUCCAUAGAAGAGACGUUGAAGGAUGUCGCGCAUAUGGUCGAUCGGUGGGAGGAGGUUGCGUCCUUGACUGUGGUGUCGGAUUUGACGAUAUGGCGGACAGUUGGCGACUUGCGCUUGUGGCUGCCAGACCGCCCCAACAACGCCUAUACCCGCUCGUUGUAUCAGAGCGCAUUCUAUACCGGAGUCUUAUACCUCGGCCGCUACGACUCAAGAUGGAUCCUUGACCGCUUCUUCACGGAGACCCUGGGCAUGCGCUACGAACACGUCCGUACGAUCUUGACGAACUGUUGCGAGGGCAUCGACCUUACCUCGAUCAACCGGAGUAUUGCGCAUAACCUACCCCUGUACAUCAAAGCACAAUGGGCGAACCCUCCGCGACGGAGGCGAUACCUCUCGCGAUCCGUCGUGGAGUGGCACGCCCUCUACGACACCCUGGAAGAAGUGGUGACUCGUCUCUUACCUUCCAUACCCGAUCCAUCACCGGUGCGACAUCUGCAUAAAGCACCCUUGCUAUGGCUUCUUCGCACCCAACACGAGAUCGUCGCAGACGGACAGCAAUUGGAGCUAUACGCACCUGCCGAACGGCCAUUUGCGUUCUUUUACGCUACCAGACUUGCGGGCGCGUUGGUUAAAUGCCUCGACGAGUUAUUGUCUGUCUUGCCUGAAGAAUCGCAGACGAAGCGAGAUCUUAAGUUUGAGCGAGAUUGGUACGCCGCGCUCAGGUCGGCUUGGAAAGGCGUGUGGCUGCUUACCAUCCGCCUGCGCCGUCCGUGGAAGGAAGUGCGCGCCAACUUCUACCGGCGAUGGAAGUGGGCGUAUGUACCCGACUUCAACGCGAUCGACACCAUGUUGGUGUGCGGUCCCGAGUACGACAGGUUCAUGGCCUACUGCAAAGAAGUGGUGCAGCCUGCGCCGUUAUCCAGCGACGAAGGGCCGACUCCGUCGGGUGGGCCUGUCUACGAUGGCCCAGGGGUACUCUUUCGCGCAGCUCGCGAUGCGUUUGUUGACCUCGCGGAGAAGCAUCUUACGUCCUCUGGCGGCCUCUGGGCUCAGGAUCAACGGCGGAUGGUGCAGAUUACAGCAGAAGCCUGCGAGCGACUAUCCGAAGCACCGUCUACAAUAGCCGAGAUCGAGCAGUUCGACCAGCGGCGCCUGAAGUGGGAUCCGAGCGUACACCCUUGGCUCCCUCUCCUUUUAUCUCCUGCACCGACCACUUCAUAAGGAAGGAAAAUUGACUGUAGCACCGCCAGAGCACAGACAGCGCACAAUACCCACGAUCAUGCAAAAGACUGUAUCGAUAUCAUUAUUGUUCUCAUUAUGGAUGCCCGCGUCAACCAAAUGCCCAGAAGCUCUGCGG